AUGACAGGAAAUGACCAAAUACAUUCCUGGACACUCGUUACAAACCAAGCUCUUGAAAGUGGCUGGAGAGUGGUGCGGGGCUCCGUGAUGCUGGCCGCGGCUUUCCUGACGGCCGCCCUCUGCUACUUCAGAAAGCUGCAUUUAUGUUUGGGGCACUGGCUGAAAUGGUGGAUUGGAUAUCUGCAGAGAAAAUUCAAAAGAAACCUCAGCGUGGAGGCGGAAGUUGAUUUACUCAGUUAUUGUGCCCGAGAGUGGAAGGGAGACAACCCCCGGGCCACGCUGAUGCGCAAGGCUUACGAGGAGCUGUUUUGGCGACACCACAUCAAAUGCAUUCGGCAGGUGAAGAGAGACAACUAUGACGCCCUGCGGUCCGUGUUGUUUCAGAUCUUCAGCCAGGGGCUCUCUUUUCCCUCCUGGAUGAAGGAGAAGGACAUUGUUAAGCUUCCUGAAAAACUGCUGUUUUCCCAAGGCUGUAAUUGGAUCCAGCAAUACAGUUUUGGUCCUGAGAAGUAUACUGGUUCAAAUGUGUAUGGAAAAUUACGUAAAUGUGUGGAAUUGUUGAAAACACAGUGGACUGAAUUUAGUGGGAUUAAAGAUUAUCACAAGCGAGGAUUGAAGUGCAAUAUCCUUUUUUCUGACGCCAUGUUGGAGUCUAAGCUUUAUGAAGCCUUGAAGUUCAUCAUGCUCUAUCACGUGACGGAAGUCUACGAGCAGAUGAAAACGAACAAGAUCAUUCCCAGCCUCUUCAGACUCCUAUUUUCCAGGGAGACAUCCACAGAUCCUUUGAGCUUCAUGAUGAAUCACCUGAAUUCUGUAGGAGACACUUGUGGAUUAGAGCAGAUUGAUAUGUUUAUACUUGGAUAUUCCCUUGAAGUGAAGAUAAAAGUGUUUCGACUCUUCAAGUUUAACUCCAGAGACUUUGCGGUCUGCUACCCCGAGGAGCCCCUCCGGGAGUGGCCGGAGAUCUCUCUGUUGACAGAGAAUGACCGCCACUACCACAUUCCUGUCUUUUAAGUCAGCCAUGGGCCAGGCGCUGGCUCUCACCAAUGACGGUCUCCCUUGCAAGGAAAGUAUUUUUCCCCCAAAAAGCCAAGCUAACAUUUCAGCUGUGGAAGGAAUUAGGACCCUUUGCCUGGCACUGCAAGUCCAGUGGGGGCAAAGGUGCACCAUGGUUUUCCCUUCCUUUUCAGUGAUUUCCUCCAAUGUAGCAGCACUGAUACAUUUGGGAAUUAGUUUGACCUCCUUCAUAAGGGACACUUGACCGGGUCACUUUCCAUCCUGGCUGGCCUUUAAGACACAGGAAACUUAAUAUGGACAACAGGGGGGAAAAAAAAACCCAAGAGGAAAGUAAGUAGGGGAAAACAACUAACCAGAAAAGAAUUUCCUUAUCUCUGACCUUGGAUUCUACAGUAAGCAUUUCUACAAUAAGCAUUUCAUCUUGAGCUGAUUUUGGAUCUUCAUAAACAUGGCAAUAUUUUAUAAGCAUUAUCCUGGGAAUCUUUGUAUAUUUUAAUUUUUCUACAAUCAUUGGAUUAACAUUAAAAGACUGUGUAUGUGUGUUUAUAUAUGUUUGCAUGCAAAUACAAAGGUAUACAUUUACAUAUGUACAUAGGUACACAUACAAAUAACCACUACUUUGUAAUAUUGUACAGUUUGUUUCACAGCUCUGCAUUUGUUGUUACUAUUGAAUCUGCCCAGCUUGAUAGGUGUCAUUUAGAUUUUAAAAAAGAUAAAUUCUUUAGAUUGAGUGAACAACAAUUCUGAGGUUGUCAUAAAAACUUUGGUUUAGUCAAUGUAUUUACAUGUGUAUUAGCUAGUCGAAUCUCAGUGUGGUAGGCAUGCCAUCCCCUCAGACAUGAAGAUGUUUUCAUCCUUGUCCCCGAAUCUGUGAACUCAUUGGGUGAAAUGGCACAAGAUAGUGCAGUUUGCAGGUGGGAUUAUGGUACUAAAUUGCUGUUUGAUGGAACAAAAUGAGGCUAGAAACUCUAGUUGGCUUAGUAUAAUCAAAAGGGUCCCUCGAGGCAGAAUUGAUACUCAAGAGAGUGUCAUAGUUAGAGAAGAUGUAAACUAUGUAUGGAAGACCAGAGAGAUGCUCCAAUGCUGGCUUUGAAGGAAGAGAAAGGAACCACAAAUCAAGGAGUGCUGGAAAAGGCCAAGUGACAUAAUCUCCCAGCUCUGUCAACAUCUGGAUUUCAGCCCACUGAGACGUGGGUCAGAACGCCAGCCUACCUGAGGGUAGGUUAACAGGUUCAAGUGUAAGUUGCUGCUGUUGCUGCUGCUGUUGGAGACAAUGUGUCUUAGCAUCAUUGGAACAAUAGUAUUGUUGGCCUGAAUUUCAAUAGUUUUAUGUUAGAAGUUCUUUGCUAGUUCAUUUCGUAAUCUUUAUUUGGUGGUACUUUGCUCAUCUGUUUUGAAUUCCAUUAAGUAAAAAAUAAUUGGAAACUUGCCAAUGACAUGCCA